ACCCCGACGCGCCUAACGCCGCCGCCCGCGGGUCCCGCCGCCGCCGCCACCGCGGCCGCCGCCCGCGUCCCCGCCGCCGCCGCCGCCUCAGCCGCCGCAGGGCCGCCCGCAGCAUGUCUCGGAGGAAGAUCUCGUCCGAGUCCUUCAGCUCCCUGGGCUCCGACUACCUGGAGACCAGUCCCGAGGACGAGGGCGAGUGCCCCCUGUCCCGGCUCUGCUGGAACGGCAGCCGGAGCCCGCCCGGGCCGCCCGAGCCCCGCGCGGCCGCCGCCGUCGCCCCGGCCCCUGCCGCCGCCGCCUCCUCCUCCUCCUCCUCAGCCUCAGCCGCCGCCGCCGCCGCCGCCGCCGCCACGGCCGGGGCCCGGAGGGCGCAGCGCCGGAGGCGGGUCAACCUGGACUCGCUGGGCGAGAGCAUCAGCCGCCUGACGGCGCCCUCGCCUCAGACGAUACAGCAGACUCUCCAGAGAACAUUGCAGUAUUAUGAGCACCAAGUUAUUGGUUACAGGGAUGCAGAAAGGAAUUUCCACAAUAUCUCUAACAGAUGCUCCUAUGCAGACCGUUCCAACAAAGAGGGUAUUGAAGACGUCUCAGGAAUCCUUCAAUGCACUGCUAAUAUACUCGGUUUGAAGUUCGAGGAACUUCAAGAAAGAUUUGGUGAGGAGUUCUUUAAUAUAUGCUUUGAUGAGAAUGAGAGAGUCCUUCGAGCUGUAGGUGGCACUUUGCAGGACUUUUUUAAUGGCUUUGAUGCUUUGUUGGAACACAUCAGAACUUCCUUUGGGAAACAGGCCACGCUGGAGUCCCCAUCGUUCCUGUGCAAGGAGCUCCCCGAGGGUGCCCUUCUGCUUCACUACUUCCGUCCUCACCACGUUGUGGGCUUUGCAAUGCUGGGCAUGAUCAAGGCUGCAGGAAAGAAGAUCUACAGGCUGGACGUGAGCGUGGAGCAGGUGGCCAAUGAGAAACUGUGCUCCGAUGGUUCGAACCCAGGCAACUGUAGCUGUCUUACCUUCCUCAUCAAAGAAUGUGACAAUACUGAUGCCAUGAAGAACCUUCCCCGGGGAGCCUCCCGAGUCCCUGCCGACCUCAGAAUCAGCAUCAGCACCUUCUGCAGGGCCUUCCCUUUCCACUUGAUGUUCGACGCCCACAUGUCCGUCCUGCAGCUGGGGGAAGGCCUGCGGAAGCAGCUGCGUUGCGACACCCACAAAGUGCUCAGGUUUGAGGACUGCUUCGAGAUCGUUUCUCCAAAGGUCAGUGCCGCCUUUGAGAGGGUCCUGUUGCGACUGUCCACCCCGUUUGUGAUCAGGACCAAGCCUGAGGCUUCUGGCACUGAAAAUAAAGACAAGGUGAUGGAAGUCAAGGGACAGAUGAUCCAUGUUCCAGAGUCAAAUUCCAUCUUAUUCUUGGGCUCUCCAUGUGUGGACAAGUUGGAUGAACUCAUGGGCCGAGGGCUGCAUCUCUCAGACAUCCCUAUCCAUGAUGCCACCCGAGAUGUCAUUCUGGUUGGUGAGCAGGCCAAGGCCCAAGAUGGCUUGAAGAAGAGGAUGGAUAAAUUAAAGGCGACCUUGGAAAGAACUCACCAGGCCCUGGAAGAAGAGAAAAAGAAAACAGUGGAUCUUCUGUAUUCGAUUUUCCCUGGUGAUGUAGCUCAGCAGCUGUGGCAAGGACAGCAGGUGCAGGCCAGAAAGUUUGAUGAUGUCACCAUGCUCUUUUCAGACAUUGUUGGCUUCACAGCCAUCUGUGCCCAGUGUACCCCCAUGCAGGUGAUCAGCAUGCUGAAUGAACUGUACACCAGAUUUGACCACCAGUGUGGAUUUUUGGAUGUUUACAAGGUGGAAACAAUAGGUGAUGCAUACUGUGUUGCUGCAGGACUCCAUAGGAAAAGCCUCUGCCACGCAAAGCCCAUUGCUCUCAUGGCCCUGAAGAUGAUGGAACUUUCAGAAGAGGUGCUGACACCUGAUGGAAGACCAAUUCAGAUGAGGAUAGGCAUUCACUCAGGUUCUGUGCUCGCUGGAGUUGUUGGGGUAAGAAUGCCACGAUAUUGCCUGUUUGGAAAUAAUGUCACUCUGGCCAGCAAGUUCGAAUCAGGAAGUCACCCUCGGCGCAUCAACGUCAGCCCUACCACUUACCAAUUAUUAAAACGGGAAGAAAGCUUCACAUUCAUUCCUCGGUCCCGUGAAGAGCUUCCAGAUAACUUUCCAAAGGAAAUCCCUGGGAUCUGCUAUUUCCUGGAGGUAAGAACUGGUCCUAAGCAGCCAAAGCCUUCUCUUUCUUCAUCAAGAAUCAAGAAAGUUUCCUACAACAUUGGCACCAUGUUUCUCCGGGAGACAAGCCUCUGAGACCUUCAGCAGAUCAAAGACUUCUCCACAAAGCACAAGCCCACAACAUGGGUCAUGAAGGGGGAGUGCAAAGAGAUUGUUUCUCUUCCACUGAUUUGCUGAGAACAAGCAGCAGAAUUUCUGUGUUAUGUUAGGCAAUAAUCCUAGAAAAAGGUGGGUGAUGACUGUCAGUAAAAAAGAAACCGGAGGGGGCGGGGCAGAAAUAAGAGGUGUCCAUCCAUAGGAGUGCUUUUAGUCAUAUAUAUAUUUUAAUCACAACUAACCAAUAAAUAGAUUCUGUGUUUUCUUGUUUGUCGCACAUACAGGUAUCUUUCCCUAUAUAUUUCUAUCACUUUUGAGAGCCAGUUUUGAUGAUCAAUUCCUACAUUUAGUGAGUUGGUAUGUGAGGAAUAUUUUAUAAUUUUGUUUCCCCGAACAGACAUUUCAUACGUACAUCAUAGCUCUGUGGUUGCCUUCCUGGCAGGAAGAACUAUAACUCCACAAAAUAUUUUAGGGAUAUUACCUAUUUUUAUACAUCUCUCUUCUGAAUAAUUCCAUUUCACACACAACACUAUUCAAUUGUCAGAAUCUGCUACUGUGUAGUUGGUAUAUUAUGUAACUAACCUAUUAAUCAAAUGUAGUUUGACAUAUUUAGACAGAUUAGUGCUUGGACUGAGAAUACAUAUAACAGGAUUUCAGAUGCUGAGAAAGCACCGUAAGUCUGCUUAGUAAACGUAUCUUUUAAAUUUAAUUAAUGUAGCAUGGAAUCCAGAGGAAAUCAAAUUUCCUAAUAACAGAUUGCGCUGUAACUAGGAUCACAGAAAAGUCUUCUUACUAUCUUCUACCGAAUGCCGGUUACAAUGAAAUGCUUUGCUGCAUUGGACCCUUUUCAAUUUAGCGCUUCUAAAUCUAGGUAGCUUGUGCUCCAUGUUCGAGGGCAUUGUCAUAAGCAGCUUGCUGCUACGGAACUUGUUAGUACUUCCCCCCAACCCCACCUUGCCCAACCACUGAUGCCUCCCAAGUCUACCUGCCAUUCUUGGGAGCAAAUUCCUCAACGCUGGCAUUAGUGACAAAGCAGUAGUAGGGACAUUUUGCCAAGAAUGCUGUUUCCUCUUGCCAAAUAAGCCGGGGGUGGGGGGUGGGGGAGGAACCCUGUAUUUUAUGGCUUUGAGAUUUCAAAAAAACGAAAGAGUUUUUCUUCUGCAGUUUCAUUGAUGUGACUCUUCAGUCGGUGAAUCCCCUUGGUGAAUGCUGAAGUAGGUCUAGCCUUCAGGCCCAGUAAUUGUCAUCGUGACAGAUAGGCUUCUAUUGCACAUGGUGCUAACAUGGAGAGCUGUUCCCACGAAUCAAUACUGCAUGAAAAUAUUAUCGCAGACUCGCCCUGCAAUUAGGAGCACAGGCUGUCCAGAGUUUUUCUCUUUUGGAUCAAAUAUAAAACCCAAGUUUCUAUUGAGGUUGAUGAGCUGGAAACAUUGGUUUCCUUGAAACCUUGAAGGGGCUCUUUCUUUUCCUUCAGAUGGUAUCCUCAUAGACCGCUUAUGUCUACUGAAUGUAAUCCAUUUCUUGUUCUAGUCAGGCAUUUCGGCUGCAUUACGAUUUGUUUACGACAAAACGCAGCUAAGGAGCAUAUUAACUAAUGUCCAGUGUAACUGUGGGGCUUAUGAGUAUUUUUAAGUUCUCUAAGUGUGUAGCUAGAAAACAUUUAUAGAUAUGCCAAGUAUUUGUUAAAAUGGUGAUCACUUUUGUAAUUGCACCCCAAGACUUAUGAGGACCCUAGGGCAACACUUAGUGUGGAGACAGGAUCUAGACCCUGAGCUCUCUGAUAGCUCCCUGUCCCUCUCCUCCCUGGGUCUAGUAGGCCUCUGUUUUGAACAACAUGGAGGCCAGAAAGCUUGGACAUUUAAGGGGAGGCAUAUAGACUGAGAACAGGGUGCUGUCAUGGAAUCUCUUCAGGGGACUGGGAGAUUAAACUACUUCCUUAACUGGGAAUAAGGAGAGGUUUACCAUCAGGUGGCCAGCACAGGCUGGGAGCACCAGAGCCCUCAUACUAAAAGCAGUCAGCCCUUGCAAUGUGUUCUGUACAGCACAGGAACAUGGAGAGAGCACCAAGCUUGCUCAAGUCACGGAAGCUUAUGCUGCACAGGAAUUUACUUAGGGUUUAUUAUGAUCAUAAGUAAAUCAAUAAACAUUUGGGUGGUAAACAA